CGUAGAGAGACACGAGGAGUCACAUUUCAGCUUUGCGAGGGCCCCUUGAGUCCGACUCACUGAAGCUGCCUUUGUUUGACUGGGAACCAGAGAGAGAGAGAGAGAGCGAGAGAGAGAGAGAGAGAGGAGGAGGAGAGUGAGUGCUUUUAGUUUGGAGUGAGUGAGAGAGAGAGUCAGAGUGAGCUCCAUCUCUCUCUCUCUUACCAGGUCUAUCACACAUGAACAGGACAACUUUAGUUUGGAUCUAAGCUUACCAUCACUGAAGAUGACUUCACGCAUUCCUCCCUGGUUCUUUGGAUUACUUCUACUCGUGCUCUGGUUCUGCUGCCGUCCCUCCUCUGCUCAGCUGUUGGACGACCGUGGUUCUCAGGGAGCUUUGGACCUGACGGAGUUGAUCGGCGUCCCCCUUCCUCCCUCCGUCUCCUUCGUCACGGGGUUCGAGGGUUACCCCGCCUACAGCUUCGGCCCGGACGCCAACGUUGGCCGCCUCACAAAGUCAUUCAUCCCCGACCCGUUCUACCAUGACUUUGGCAUCACGGUCACCGCUAAACCUACCACACGGCGUGGUGGUGUGCUGUUCGCCAUCACGGAUGCUUACCAAAAGAUUGUGCACUUAGGUAUAGCGUUGUCCGAGGUGGAGGAUGGAUCCCAGAGAGUCAUACUGUACUACACCGACCCAGGAACAAGAACUGGGACUCAGGAAGCAGCUUCCUUCAAGAUGGGAGACCUGACGGGAAGAUGGGCGAGGUUUACCCUGACUGUUCAGGGGGCAGAGGUGCGUCUCUACAUGGACUGUGAGGAAUACCACCGAGUGGCCUUCACCAGGAGCCCGGAGCCUCUGACCUUCGAGGCCAGCUCAGGGAUCUUCGUAGGGAACGCUGGGGGUACGGGCCUGGAGAGGUUUGUGGGCUCCAUCCAGCUGUUGGUGCUGAAGUCAGAUCCCACGGCCCCAGAUGACCAGUGUGAGGAGGACGAUCCUUAUGCCUCUGGAUACGGAAGCGGCGACGAUGCUUAUGAAGACAUGGAGGGAAUGGACGAAGUGAAGAAGAUUGUGGAGGAGAGAGAGUACACCAUGCCCUUCCCAGAUCUGGACCCCACUUACAGCACCCCGGUUCAAGCUCCGCCUACUGAGAUGUCACUGAGUGUUAAUGAUGAUGAAGAUGAAGACUUAGAGGAGACUUCAGGACAGGAGGUGGAGGUGACCACAAUAAAAGUGCAAUCAUUUCAGACGAGUAGUCCAGCCUCAGUAUUUGACACUUCCGUCCAGGUGUCUCCACGACAGAAAGGGGAGCGAGGUGAGCCAGGUCCAUCCGGUCCACCAGGACCACCCGGCCCUCCAGGACAAGCCUCAGGUGACGGAGGUGAGGGAGGGGAGCCGGGACCCCGGGGUCCACAAGGACCACUGGGACCUUCAGGUCCAACUGGAGUCUCUGGGAAAGAUGGACAGCCUGGAAGCAAAGGUGAAGCUGGUGUCCCAGGAGCAACUGGGAUUCCAGGAUUCCCAGGACUGCAGGGAGAGCCUGGUUCUAUGGGAGAAAAGGGUGAUCCUGGUGUCGGACUUCCAGGUCCUCCUGGACCUCCAGGUCGACCAAGCGAGUCCAUGUUCCUGGAGGGGUCAGGAUAUGAAGACUUUGACAGUGAUGCAGAGAUUAUUAGGGGGCCUCCAGGACAUCCUGGCCUCCCGGGACAGCCAGGGCCUCCAGGAGACCCAUCUGAGGACAUCUUUCCUGGACCACCUGGGAUCCCUGGGAGAAAUGGGAAGGAUGGACAGAGGGGUGAACCUGGACUGCCUGGAGUUGAUGGGAAAGAUGGAGAUCCAGGACCUGCUGGGGGGAACGGAGACAAGGGAGAGUCUGGUGUGAACGGGCAACCGGGAGCGAAGGGAGAUCUGGGCCCUCCAGGGUUUCCAGGCCUACCAGGCUCAGAUGGUCCAGAAGGGCAUCCCGGUCCCAGGGGUCCAUCUGGCCCUCCUGGGCCCCCGGGUCCCCCUGGGAGAGGCUUCACCAUGGACUUUGAGGACAUGGAAGGAUCUGGGCUGCAGGGUGGUUUUGGAGAUGCACUCUCCAGAGGUUCACAGGGUCCUCCUGGAAUCCCUGGACUUGAAGGACCCAAGGGUAGAGACGGUUUAGACGGCCCGCCAGGAAAGCCAGGGCAGAAGGGUGCUACAGGACCAUCAGGGUUUCCAGGAUUGGAGGGACUAAGAGGGGAAGAGGGACCAAAGGGGAACAAAGGAGAUUCAGGACAAAAGGGAGAGGCGGGACAGGACGGCCUCAGUCGACCCGGCCCUCCAGGACCACCUGGACCACCAGGACCCCUUAUCAACCUCCAGGAUCUUCUACUCAACGAUACAGAUGGUGCCUUCAACUUCUCAGGGAUUUUUGAAGCUCAGGUACCCGCUGGUCCAAAGGGUGACAGUGGGUUGCCAGGAGUUCGAGGACCUCCAGGACUGAAAGGUGAACGGGGCGAGCCAGGAUCUUUCAUCGCAGCAGAUGGAUCCAUGUUUUCAGGCCUGGCUGGACCCAAAGGAGUCAAGGGAGAUAACGGUGUAUCCGGACCUGCUGGAAUUCCAGGGCCUGUUGGACCACCAGGACCCAAAGGAGAAUUUGGUUUUCCUGGAAGACCUGGUCGUCCAGGCCAGAUGGGACCAAAAGGAGACAGAGGGGACUCUAAUGGCCUGCCGGGAACUCCUGGCCUUCCUGGGCCGCCGGGUCGCCCAGGAAUAUUCAACUGCCCCAAAGGAACCGUGUUCCCCAUCCCUCCCAGACCCCACUGCAAAAUGCCUCUUAAUCCCAAUGGAACCAUUGCAGUUGGUAACUGUCAGACGGGACUAAAAGGGGAAAAGGGGGAUAGAGGUCUUCCUGGGAUGCCGGCACCACAAAACUCGUUUCUUCCCAGGACAGUCAGGGGGGAAAGAGGUGACCAGGGCAUGCAAGGACAGAAGGGAGACAAGGGGGAUGCAGGGUUGCCCGGGCAACCAGGUAUCCCUGGGAGACCGGGACUUGUGGGUCCCAAAGGAGAGGCAGUGCGUGGUCCAACAGGCUACCCUGGGGUGCCAGGUUCACCGGGGUUCCCAGGCUAUGGCAGACCAGGACAGGUUGGCUCUCCUGGGCCUCCGGGGCCUCCAGGACCCUCUGGGUCAGCCUCAAGAUAUGGCUCAGCUGUGACCAUUGCCGGCCCCCCUGGACCAGCUGGACCAGCUGGACCUCCUGGACCUUCGGGUAGCGCAGCAUCUAUGAAAACAUUUGCGAGCCGUGAGAGUAUGAUGCAGCAGACCGCCAGGGACGCAGAGGGAACUCUGGCGUUUGUCACAACAACAGGAAGUCUCUUCCUCAAGGUCUCCCAGGGAUGGAAAGAGAUACAGCUUGGCAGUCUGAUCUAUCUCUCCAAUAACAUUAUUCCACAAGACGAGCCCCAAGCUGGAUAUCAGAUAAGUGGAGACACGAUGCAAAGAAUACGUUCAGUCAACGAAAGGCUCAACCUGGUGGCUUUGAACCAGCCUCACUCAGGCGACAUGAUGGGGCUCGACGUAGCCGACCGGAUGUGUUACGAGCAAGCCAAGGCGAUGGGUUUGGCGCCGAACUACCGCGCCUUCAUUUCCGCCCACAGGCAAGACCUGGUCCACGUGGUCUAUCCUGGUUUCCGGGAAACUCUGCCAGUUACCAACCUCAGGGGAGAUGUGAUGUUUAGGAACUGGCGGUCAAUUUUCAAUGGCGACGGGGGACCAAUGGAUGCCAGGAUACCUAUCUACUCCUUUGACGGCCGGGAUGUUUUAGCUGACCCUUUCUGGCCUCGGAAGAACAUCUGGCACGGCUCCACCAGCAGAGGUCACCGACUGGUGGACAAACACUGUGAGACGUGGCGAGCGGACCACAUGUCUGUCAUGGGCCAGUCCUCGAACCUGACCUCAGGUCUGCUCCUGGGCCAGCAGACGCGGAGCUGUUCCAAUCAGUACAUCGUUCUUUGCAUCGAGACCCACAAAAACCAUUAAAUCCCCCCUCCCCACUCCCAUACCACUCCACCAUGCCAGCCACCGUAAAACACUCGGGGAAAAGAUUAGUGUGUCUUUCCUAGAAAAGGACGUAGUUUUCAGCACAUCCUCGGUGCUACGUGUUGCAUUUUCUGUUUUUUAAGACAGAGGACCACAUUUAACACCCUUUCUGAGGAGCGAGAAGAUUGUUAAGUGGCAGUAACAAACUCUUGACGACAGCCAAGAUAUAAUCCUGGAAGGUAAACUGACAUGAAGUUGAUGCUACGCUGUGGAACUGGAAUCAUUUUGUGGAUUGCUUGCAAUCCAAAUUUGCGCCUUAAAGGAACGUCCCUUUGUGUUGUGAAGCAAUCCAGAAGAUUUCUCCUUAUAUUCAACUUGGUGGCACAUAAUGUAAAAUGCAUCACGAAGGCUGAUGGUCUCCUUAGCAGCAGUUGUGCUUAUUCAUGACAAUAAUGGUAACAUCUGAAAGAUAAUGUGGUGAUGAUUUAUUAAAGAGGACCUAUUGUGCUCA